CGCGGGCCAAUCGGCAGCGGCCCCGGGCCCAGUUCAAACUCCGGCGGCGGUCAGGGAGAGCUCGGCCGCUGAGGCGCCGCGGGGAUGGCUGACGAAGGGGCCGUUACCGUCUGCGUGCGGCUGCGGCCGCUCCUCGCCAGGGAGAGCGCUCUGGGGGACGAGGCGGCGCCUCACUGGAGGAGCGAGGGGAACACGGUCUCAGAAGUGAGCGGUGCCCGAGCCUUCAGCUACGAUCGUGUCUUUCACUCAAGUGACAACACACAGCAAUUGUACGAAGGUGUAGCUGUUCCAAUUAUACAAUCAGCCGUGCAAGGAUACAACGGCACAAUCUUUGCUUAUGGACAGACCUCCUCAGGGAAGACGUACACCAUGAUGGGGAACGAAGAUUGUGUAGGCGUUAUUCCUAAGGCAGUCCAACAUGUCUUCAAACUUAUUUGUGAGAUUCCAGACAGAGAAUUCUUGUUAAGAGUUUCCUACAUGGAAAUCUACAAUGAAACCAUUACGGAUUUGCUUUGUGAUACCAGGAAAAAGAAGCCUCUAGGAAUUCGUGAGGAUGUUAAUAGAAAUACAUUUGUAGAAGACCUCACUGAAGAGGUGGUUGUUUCCCCAGAAGAAGUUAUGGAAUGGAUCAGGAAAGGAGAAAAAAAUCGCCAUUAUGGGGAAACAAAAAUGAAUGAGCACAGCAGCCGUUCUCACACCAUCUUCAGAAUGAUAAUUGAAAGCCGAGAACGAAGUGACCUUGCAAAUGCAAACUGUGAUGGAGCAGUGAUGGUGUCGCACUUGAACUUGGUAGAUCUGGCAGGCAGUGAAAGAGCUAGUCAAACAGGAUCUGAAGGUCUCCGACUGAAAGAAGGCUGCAAUAUAAAUCGGAGUUUGUUCAUUCUGGGCCAAGUUAUCAAAAAGCUUUGUGACGACCCUUCUGGUUUCAUAAAUUACCGUGACAGCAAGCUGACUCGAAUUCUACAGAACUCUCUUGGAGGAAAUGCUAAGACGGUUAUUAUUUGUACAAUCACUCCUGUUUCUUUUGAUGAAACACUCAGUACUCUUCAGUUUGCCCAUACAGCCAAAGGAAUGAAGAAUACGCCAAAAGUCAAUGAAGUUCUUAAUGAUGAUGCCCUCCUGAAGAGAUAUCGCAAAGAAAUUCUGGAUUUGAAAAAGCAGCUGGAGGAAGUGUCUCUGAAGACUCAACUUCACGCGGUGGAAAAAGAUCAACUGGCCCAGUUGCUGGAAGAAAAACUUUCUCUUCAGAAAGCGCAGGAGGAUAGGAUACGAAACUUAACUGAGAUGCUGGUGACUUCUGCCUCGUUUUCAGCAAAACAGGAUAUUAAAGCCAAGAAAAGAAGAAGAGUUACAUGGGCUCCUGGUAAAAUAACCCAGAAGAAUGUGAAUUAUUUUGAAGACUUUGAAAAAACGGAAUUGACUGAAACAAAAAAAAUGAAAGCAUCCCUGUCUUUACUACCAGCUACAUUUUCUGAGAGUUCUGAAAAUGACAACCAACGUUUAACUCUUCCCGAUCAAAUUUUGGAUACAGAGUGGACUCCUGGACCUGACAUGAACUGGACUCAGAAAGACUUUGAAGAAUCUACGCAAUGCUGUGAAGUUUCAACGCUAGAAAAGGACCUUGCUGUCAGUGAAGUCAAUGUCCUAAAAGCUAACUUGAAUAAAGUCGUAUUAGAAAAUGAACAGCUGAAAUUAGAAGUAAAUGAAAUGAAGGCGAAACUGAAGGAAAAGAGAGAAACAGAAGAAUUUGAAAUGCUGGAAAAGCAAACACAAAAAGAGCAUGAGACAGAACUAAUGCAUGAAGUUACCAGCCUAAAGAAUGUAGUUUCAAAUGUGGAAGCGCACAAUGUAGAACUUGAGGCAGAAAUAAGCUCCAAAUUGGAACAGCUGAAAGAGAAAGAGAACAAAAUAAAGACGUUACAGAAUCGUGUGGAAGAAUUGCAGAAAGCAGGAUUGGAAAAAAAGGACGCAUGUGUUUCAGCUGUAAAUAGAGAUUUCGGUAAACUACUUGAGGAAGUUCAACAGUUGACCAAAUCCCUCUUAGAUAGUGAAGCUAUAGCCUUGGAUGCCAAAAAAGAGUCUUCUUUUCUCAGAACUGAGAAUCUGGAGCUGAAGGAGAAAAUGAAUGAACUCUUAAGUAAUUACAAGCAAAUGCAAAAGGAUGUGCAACUCUAUCAAAGUCAAAUAGAAGCAGGAAAAGCCAGCUACAAAAAGAUGGAAGCUGACUUGCAGAAAGAAUUGCAGUCUGUAUUUCAAGAAAACACAAGGUUAACUUCACUGAUGGAGGGUAAAGUUCCAAAAGAUUUGCUUUCUGUUGUGGAGCUGGAAAAAAAGGCAUCUGAUAUAAAAGCGGAGCUAGAAAAAGCGUUGGAAGAGAAUGCACUCCUACAAAAACAAACUCUCGAAAAAUGUGAGGAGCUACGCUUACUAGAACUGGAAAGAGAAAAGCUGCUCUCUGAGGCAGCUGAUAAUGAAGUUAAACUGAAGCAUAUGACUGAAGAAAUUGGGAAACUGAAAGAAGAUCUAGCAGAUGCACAGCUUAAGUAUGAGAACUCCGAUCAGGAAUAUGUAGCACUUAAGCAGCUGCAUGAAGAACUAGAACUAAAAUACGUAGCUGCGUCGGAGAACAGCGAACAAAUGAAACUCCAAAUAGAACGUCUAUCUAAAGAAGCAGAAGAGUCUGAAACAGCCUUGGACGAUGUGAAAUUGGAGCUCUCUAACAAAAUGAAAGAGUUGGAAAAAAAGACAGCAGAGCAGGAGCAUCUUCUUGGUGUAAGAGAGGAUCUUAUUCAGACUCAGCAGAAGCUAAAUGAAAUGGAACAAUUGAAAGAGCAAGAGAAGAUUAUGGAAUCGAGAUUGGAGGCCAAGGAUUCAGAGUUACAGGCAGUUCUUCAACAGCUUAGUGGAUGUCGGGAAGAAAUAAAAACUCUCACUCAGGAAAGAGAUGACCUGAAACAAAGAGAGGAGACUCUCCAAGCUGAGAAAGACCAGCUCAGUGAAGAUAUCAAGGACACUGUUUCAAUGAACAUUUUAGCGCACGAAGAACUGAGAAAUGCACAGAGUUCUUUGAAGCAGUCCCAGGAAACUGUUAAGAAAUUGGAGAAAAGUCUUUCUGAAAAAGAGUCUCAGAUGCUGAGUGUUGAGGAGACACUAAGGAAAACCAUCAGUGACCUUGAAAGACAGCUGGCUGAAGUAACUGAAAACCUGACUCGUGUCUCUUCUGAGUAUGACACGCUACUUGCAGAAAAAGAACAGGCUGAAAGAAGAAUGAAGGAGCACGUCUGUCCGGAGCCUGAGAAAGUUGCUGUACUUAAUCAGGAGAAAGAAGAACUGCAGCAAAUGGUAGAGGUCUCUAAAGCAGAGAGAGAGCAGUUAGAGGCUAACUGUCAGAAAGCAAGAAGAGAGUAUUUGUCAGAAGUUCUGACAGAAAUGGAAAGUCUGCAGGAAGAACUAAAGCAUCAUAAAGAGCAAGCUGCUAUUCAGAAGAACUUGAUAGCAGAAGGAGAAGAGAAACAGCAAAAGACUGAAGAAAAACUAACUGAAGAAAUAAACAGACUGAAAGAGAAGAUAAACGCGUUGAGUGAGGACUUGAAUUUGGUAACUAAGGAAAGGCAACAGCUGCUGGGAGAACUAAAAGAGAAGACUGAAAGUGAAAACAAAGACAAUGAACUUCAACAACUAGAGAAAAGAUGUGCUGUGUUAGCAUGGGAGAGAGAUGAGUUUGAGGAACUGCUGGAAGCUGUCCAAGCAGAGAAGAACAAACUGGAGGUUAACCUACAGAAGAGUGUUGAUAAGCUUGUUGAAACAGAAAACGAAUUGAAGCGGCAGCAAGAACUCCUCAGCAAUGAGAAGAUCAAAGCUGAAGAAAGGGAGGAACGUCUGUUGAAGGUUCAGAGGAGGUCAGAGAUUGUACAGGACAGCCUAACAAGUAAGAUUCAGCAGUUAACUGAGACGCUAGAUAGUGUAUCAAAUGAAAAAGACCGGCUAUUGGCUGAGAGAACUAGUCAUUCUUGUCAGCUUAAAGAACAAAUGUCAUCCGCUACUGAAGAAAAAGAUGAGCUACAAAAACUUCUUCAGGACAUCAGGUCUGAACGGGACCAGCUCAGCAUGGAAUUGCAAAAAACCUCUGAGAUGUAUAUUGAAACGAGUGCUGAACUGGAAUGUGCUCUAAGUAAACUGAAGGAGAGAAGCCUGAGCGACGUGUCUGUUCAAGUGGAUGCACUGGAUAACGCAGAACAGAUGGAUGAUGACAGCCUGAAGGCAAAAACCAUGCGAAUUAAGGAGCUUCUGGAGCUAUUCCCAAGUGUGGAGAAGAGGUAUGAGUGUCUCUACCAUUAUGUCUCGUAGUAAGGAGAGGAUCUGAAUAGCCAGAAAGCAGUGAUAGCUGCGAUACUGACUCAGCUUUCACCAGAACAAAAUAAGCAAGUCAAAAGACUCCAAAUGGAAAAUGAGAAAAUCAACACUCAUUUCCAGCGUUUAUUGGACAGACUCAAGUUCCAAUUCCGUCAUCUUUGCUCCAAGAAAAUGGAGUAUCAUGCUACUGUGAACAAGUAUGCAAUGGAAUUGCUUGAGGAAAAGAGAAAACAAGAUCAGCUGCAAGCUCAAAUUCGGUGUCUCAAGGAGUUUCAUUUGAACCAGAAGGAAAUACCUGCUCGAGUGGUAAACAGUCGGGAAGUGCUGCAGAGUUUGCAUUCGGAUGCAGAGAAUAUUAUCAAAGACAUAGCAGAAAUGGAAAGUGAACUUCUCAGCAUAGAGGCAGAGUUACAGAAGGAAGAAAGUGCUGGAAAAGAAACAGCACGGUUCUGGGAAGCUUGUUCAGGACUCCACUGUGAUGCAGAAGAACUUAAAGAAGCGCUAAGAAAAGACAAUGAAAGGCUUUUACAAGUCAUUAAGUUCUGGACUGCAAAAGUGAAGACAUUCUCUCCACUGAAUUCAGAGUUGAAUGACAGAACUUCCAACUACUGCAAAAAUGCUGAUGCUGAAUAUAAACGGACAAAAGAGAAGACUGAAGAGUUGCUUCAGGAACUAAACACCCUUAAGGAACAACUGGCCCCUGGUGGCUCUGCUCAUCUUCUGCUAGAAGAAGAAAACAACAGACUUCAUAACCGCUUAAAGGCUGCAGAACAAGAUAAAAAGGCUAUGGAAGUAAAAAUCCAAAAGUUGGAAAACAUAGUAAAGGAAGCGGAAAAAAAUGUCAGAGAAAAAGAUGACAGGAUUAAUCAGUUACAAGCACAGAUGAGAGUAAAAGCAGCUAUGAGUGAGCUCACCCAGCUGGAAGCCAAACUGAAUGAGACAGAGAAAUGCCUCAGCACUGUCCUAGCAGAAAAUCGGAGUCUCCAGGAAAAAUUAAAUAAAGGUGCCGAGUUGUACAAAGAAGAAAUUGAUAAUCUCAAAACACAGUUGGUAAGAUAUGACCUGGACAGAAUGAAGCAAUCAAAGAUUUUUGAUAUGCAACUUGCUAAUUAUAAAGCUGUUGCAGAACACCAAGAAGAACAGUUAAGAAAGCUAAAAGAAGAACUCAGAAGAGCACAGCAAGAUCAAGACGUUACUGUGGUGUCUAAAGAAACUCCUCAGCAAUACCAAAAGCCCCUUACUUGUGGUGGUGGCAGUGGUAUAGUUCAGAGCACACACGUGCUUGUUUUAAAAUCUGAACAAGCGAAGCUACAGAAAGAGAACUUGCAGCUGAAGAAACAAAUUUCUUUCCUGGACAUCUGUAGAAGUGAAGAAGUUUUGAUUGGAAGAUGUGAAAGAGUCUAUAAUGAGGCUCAAUUGAAAGACGAACUUAGAAAAUGGAAAGAGAGAGCGCUAAAAUUGAAAGAAAAAUCUUCGAGAGAGACUACUCGAGAGACAGCACCAAGGUCUCCAGGGAAGAAAGUGUCAGAUUCCCUUAAAGAGCAAAUUCCAUCCUUCAAAGAGCCUCCUUCUCAGGAAACGGUGACUCCAGAUGCAUCAAGGCCUCUGCAACUGUCGCCUCCAACAAAUAUCUUUGAUACUUCCAAUUUAGGUACGCUAACAGAUGUGCCACCUGCAGGAACAGAGCCCACAGAAGAACCUCUUAGCCAGUGGCUUGGAGCUUCAGAGAAAGAUGAAGCCCCUGAUUGUACUACCCAGUGAAGGUAUUCUGUUGUAAGCUGCCUUUGCAGUGGUAACAUCCAGAAUCCGCCUCUAUGGAAGACAGUUCCUUCGGGUUAAAUCAUCAGCUGUGGGAAGAGCUCUGGCAGCUGCAGUUCCCUUGUUGUCCUGGAGCUGCUGCUGCUUCCCCCAGCUGGCAAAGCUGCAGUACAAGAAUAAAACUUAAAAAGCAGUCACGUUGCCUGCAACCUGCUGCUGAUGUUCUUCUUUGGUUAUCUUCAGGAUAGCAAAAAAAGAAGAGCUAACAUACUGAAGAAAAAUGGACACAGGAAUGAAUCACGAGCUAAGCUACAGGUGAAGCUUCUCGAACUUCUCUGGCAUUCCUGCAAGAGUCAUCAUCUGGGUGGCUUGUAUCUUCAGUUCUUUCCAAAUCAACAUCUCUCUGUUCUCACUAGUUACUUUUUGUUUCUCAAUAUAGAAGUCUUAUACUGUCUCUUUUUUUGAGACCAUGGAAACUGCAUUUUUACUACAACUUUAACCUCUGCAUUGCGCACUUUCCCUUUUUAAGGCACAAAAUAAAUCAAGGACUUCUCUUAAACGCUAUGCAAUAUGUCUGCAGCUCUGUCAAUUAUGGUGCCAGGAGUAACUUUGCAUUUUGCAUCAUCUUUGAGCAUACUUCUCUUUCCUGUUUGGAGUGUGACAUCUGAAUAUUUUUUUCCAAGCAGUAACCAAUGGAUCUAAUUGAUGCUGCAGUUACUCUAGUGAGUGAAAAAUAAAUUGUAAUUACGGCUGUAUGGCAGACUGUUUUGCUAUCCUGCUUACCUGAAUUUUGAAACUUAUUUUUACGUCCUGUAUAAGGUUUGUUUUGACAAUAAACUUUGUGUUAAGUAUCUCAAAA